AUGUCGGACUCCAACACCACCCACUUUACCAUCCCUUCCACCUUCAUCCUGCUGGGCAUCCCUGGCUGGGAGGCUGCCCAUGUCUGGAUCUCCAUCCCCUUCUGCAUCAUGUAUAUCAUAGCCCUCUUGGGGAACCUCAUAAUCCUCUAUAUUGUGAAGAUAGAGCACAGCCUCCAUGAGCCCAUGUACUAUUUCCUCUGCAUGCUGGCUGUCACCGACGUAGUCCUGUCCACGUCCAUCCUGCCGAAAGCUCUGAGCAUCUUCUGGUUCAAUGACAGGGAGAUCGAUUUCAGUGCCUGCCUCACCCAGAUGUUCUUCCUUCACUGCUUCACAGUGGUGGAGUCUGGGAUCUUCGUGGCCAUGGCUUUGGAUCGCUACGUGGCCAUUUGUAAUCCCCUGAGACAUUCCACCAUCUUGACAAGCCCAGUGGUGGCCAAGACUGGCCUGGCCGUGGUGCUGCGUGGUGGCUUGUCCAUUCUGCCCUGUCCCAUCCUGGCGAGGCAGUGGCCAUAUUGCAGAAGCAACGUUAUCUUCCACUCGUACUGUCAGAACAUGGCCGUGGUGAGCCUGGCCUGCACCGACACCCGCAUCAGUAAUUACUAUGCGCUCUUUGUGAUAUUCCUACUGACCUGUCUAGAUGUGUUUUUUAUCUCCGUGUCCUAUUUCCAGAUCCUCAGGGCCGUGUUCAGCCUCUCCACCAAGGAUGCCCGGCUCAAAACUUUAGGGACCUGCGGUUCUCACCUCUGUGCCAUCUUAGCCUUUUACAUCCCAGCUCUCUUCUCCUUCCUCACUUACCGAUUUGGCCACAAUGUGCCCCAAUAUUUCCAUGUUCUACUUUCCAAUGUGUACCUCCUGGUGCCCCCCAUGCUGAACCCCAUCAUCUACGGGGUGAGGACCAAACAGAUCCGGGACAGGCUGCUCCAUCUCUUUACUCAUCAAGGGACCUGA